AGUUUCCUAGUAUAUUGUGUGAAUGAGUACGGGCGAGGCGGUGCCAUUUCUUUUAGGAUUAACACUGCAUAUAUAAGCCAUGUGGUGGGUUGUUUGUUUCAACUGCUCUCGUGCAGCAUCAGACAGCAUGACAACCCAGCGAUGGAUUCUGGCAUUCUGCCUUUCACUGGCCUCAGUUUUUGGCACAGUGGAAUUGUUCAAGACCAAAGAAAUUCAGACUUACACUUGCAGGACAUUUGGCAGCGGGAUCGUCCAGCCUUUUAAGGGGGAGAGUUACUAUGUUCGGUCCGACUGCCCGUUCAAACUCACAAGCUUCAACGUCAACCGGGGGGAAUAUUCUGUCACCAUACGGCGAGGUCACAACGGGCUGUUGGUCCAAGUCGAGAUCAUCGUCAACAAAGUCACAACACUUUUGCAGAAUGGCCACAUCCUAGUGCAGAACAACAGUGUUUCACUUCCAUACGACCACACCUACCAGCAUAUCUUUAAAUACGGCAUCUACACUAGACUGAGGAGCUCGCUGCUUCCUUUUACUGUCACCUGGCACAAUGUACAUGGGGGAAUAAACUCUCUGUGGGUGACACUGGAGUCGGAGCUGUGCACCGACAUGUGUGGACUGUGUGGAAAACAAAACGUUGCAGGCCACAGGGACGAGUUGAUCAGAGAAAGCAAGCUUCACGACCACAGAUGUAAAAUCAGAGAUCCUGUGUUGCAAAAAAAUCACAUAUGCCGUCGAUUCUUUUUGAAAACCAAGAACUGUCUGCAAGACAACAAUUCUCACUAUCACCGACUCUGUAAAGAGAACAUUUGUGGCUUUGAAAACAGCCAGAGCAUCUUCUGUCCUUUCUUCCAAGAAGUUGCAAGCCAGUGUAACCAAUCAAGAAUCAACCGAUUUUGGAGACGUUUAACCAGAUGUGCGAAGCCGAGGUGUCCAGGAGACCUGAUUUAUGAGAAAAAAGGUCCAGCAUUUAUUCCCAGCUGCUCCAACCCGAACCCUGCACCCUUCUACCAGGAACUCACUGAAACCUGUGCCUGUCCAAAGGGUAAAGUUUUGAAUAAUUGUGAAAAGGGCUAUCGCUGUAUACGUAAAUCCAGCUGCUCCUGUGAGUUCGCUGGCAAGACCUACGGAAACGGAGAAAUACGGAGUUCCAGGUGUCAGUCAUGUACGUGUGAUGGUGGGAAAUGGCGAUGCUCAGAGAACUUUUGCCACAGAAGAUGUGUCAUUGAAGGCCAGUUUGUGACAACAUUCGAUGGAAAACAAUAUGUCCUCCCUAACAAAUGUUUAUAUGUGGCUUCAAAGGGUCCCAACUGGAUAAUAAUAAUAGAGUUUUCGCAAAAAAAACUCCACAUAAGAAAGGUUACGGUUCAGCUCAUGGAGGAACUGUUUGUAUUCACGAAGAACAAGGCCUUGUUUGAUGGGCAGGAGAUUUCGGAAUUCCAUCUGUCUGGUCAUGCUCAGGUUUACUGGGUGUCCUCCAUGUUCAUCCAAGUCCACACGACCAUUGGUAUAAACUUCCAAAUUCAGAUGUCCCCUGAAAUCCAGCUGUUCAUCGACGCACCUGACACCUCCAAUGACAAGAUUAAAGGUCUUUGUGGCAAUAGCAACAGUGACACCACAGAUGACUUCACCACCAACAGCGGGAUCAUUGAGAACUCAGCUAAACCAUUUGCUAUGUCCUGGAGUUUGCUUAAUUGUUUCGGGAACAUACCCACCACCUGCACCAACCUUGAGAAUGAGAAUUAUGCUUACGAAAAAUGUGCAGUGUUGAACCAACCAACUGGGAUAUUUGCUAAGUGCCACCCUCAUAUCCCAACUGAUUACUACUACACGGCUUGCAUCCAAAGAAUAUGUAACUCUGCCGGAAGUCGGAGACAGGGCUUGUGUAUUGGUCUGGCCAGCUACGCCAAAGCCUGCGCCGGUGUUGGUGUUGUAAUUGGUGACUGGAGGAGAAUCACGGGCUGCGAUCUGAAAUGCCAGAAGAACCAAGAAUUCUCCUACAGCAUGCAUAUCUGCAACCGCACAUGCACUUCUCUUUCUGGCCAUGACAUCCGCUGUGACAUGAACGACGAUCCUGUGGAGGGCUGUGGCUGUCCGGAGGGAACUCACCUGAACCAAGGACAGACCUGUUGCCCAAAGGAAGAGUGUGGUUGUAUUUACUACGGUGGUAUUGCAGCCCCGGGGCCUGUUGUUAUCGCCGGACAAAAGUGCAACUGCAAGAAUGGGAUACUGAGCUGUUUGCCAAAUUGUGAUUGCAGAAAUGGGAAGGUGUGUGUUAGUUGCUCUGAGGGCGAAAAUAAAAGUGUUCGGAACACCUGUGACUAUAUCAGCAAACCAAAGGGUACCAGGGAGACCUGUAAAAGUGGCUGUUACUGUCCAGAUCACCAGUAUGAAGAUCACCAUGGGAACUGUGUUUCACUCGAUGAUUGCACCUGUGUGUUCAGUGGCAAAGCAUUCAAAGCAGGACAGCAAGUUACCAGCAACUGUAAAACAUGUACCUGUUAUCGUGGUCAGUGGCACUGCAUUGAGAAGCCUUGCCCGGGACAGUGCCAAGUCUACGGAAAUGGACACUACCAGACCUUUGACUCCAAAUGGUUCCGCUUUUCUGGACAAUGUCUGUAUACACUUGUGCAGGAUUCCUGUGACAUGAGAAGAGGCACCUUCUCUAUCAGAGUGGAAAGUGUCCCCUGCUGUGAGGAGGUGCUCACCUGCUCUCGCAACAUCAUCCUUGACCUGAAGGGCCAAGUCACCCUGACGCUGAGAGACAUGCAGGUGAUCAGACGCCUCCAUGAAGGCUGGAAUGGGCAGGAUGAUUCACUUUACUCAAUACACACUUUGGGACUUUACAUUGUAAUCUCAGUGCCAAGCAAAGGGAUAACUCUCAUCUGGGACAAACACACCCGGAUCACCGUAGAGCUGGCGGGUUCGUGGAAGAACCGAGUGUGUGGCCUCUGUGGGAAUUUUGACUCCAAUGAGAUGAAUGACCUAAGUAUAAGUGGUUCAUCAGUGUCCAGUCCAAUGGCAUUUGGCAACUGCUGGAAAGUCCAAACACCUCCUUGCUCUGAUGUGACCACUGAUAUAUUUCCAUGUGAACGCAACUCCUACUGCGCAGCCUGGGCCCAGCAGCGCUGUUUGAUCCUUACAGGAGAAACAUUCAGUGAAUGCCACUUAAAAGUGGAUCCAGAUCCCUACUACGAUGCCUGUGUGCAGGAGUCUUGCUCCUGUGAGUCAGACGGGAAGUUCCUCGGCUUCUGCACAGCUGUGGCUGCCUACGCACAGGCCUGCAGCGAGCAGCAUGUGUGUGUGAAUUGGAGGACACCUGAUAUGUGUCCGGUGUACUGUGACUACUACAACAAGCAUGGACAGUCUCUCUGGCACUAUGAAGCCUGUGGUCAGAUGCUGACCUGUGGCAGAGAACACUACAUCUCUCACAAGCUUGAAGGCUGCUAUCCAAGAUGUACAGAGAAGAAGCCAUACUAUGAUGAAAACACUGGUGGAUGCACCAGUUUAGGAAACUGCACCUGUUACUUUAAUGGCACUAUCAUUGAACCUCAGGCAGUGGUAGUAAUACAGAAUGUGUUAUGCCGCUGUGAAAAUGGAGCCAUGAACUGCGACCCUUCAUCGUCCACCACUCCAACAUCCAGCACUCACACCGCUUCUGAUUCAACAACCAGGGAUGUGACUCGAACACACCAUACUCACACCGCUUCUGAUUCAACAACCAGGGAUGUGACUCGAACGCACCACACUCACACCGCUUCUGAUUCAACAACCAGGGAUGUGACUCCAACAUCCCAUACUCACACCUCUACUGAUUCCACAACCGACGAUUGCCAGUGUUUUGACCCGAAGAAUUAUAAAAUCUGGCACUGCGGUGAGACCUGGACAGAAGAUUGCUUCAAAAAGACCUGUAUAGGUGGGCUGAUAGAGUUGAGUCCAGUGGUUUGCCCAGUGAUAGAAUUUCCGGACUGCCCCAGAGACAAGUUCACAAAAGUCUUGGAUGGAUGCUGUGAAACACUUAAGUGUGACUGUCAUUGUGAGAUAUAUGGGGACUCACACUACACCACUUUUCAAGGUGUUAAGUUUGAUUUCCUGACAGAAUGCACCAACAUCCUGGUGAAGGAGAUAUCAUCACAUCCUAGUUUGUACAUUUCUGUGGAAAACGAAAACUGUGUAGCAGGCAGGCAUCGCUCCUGUGCAAAAAGCAUCACCGUGAAAUAUCAGGGAUCUAAAGCUGUACUGAGUAUCCAUCCAGACUUCUCUGUAGUAAAGGUCACUCUGAACGGCCUGGUCGUUCAGCCACCAUUGCAGGCGGCUGGGUUUAGGUUUGAGAGCACGAUGGACACGGUGACAAUCUACAUGCCAGAGAUCCGCUCUUAUGUCUCCCUCAGUCAGUCCCAUAACUUGGUGGUCAGUUUGGCCAUGGAGUACUUCCACGGAAAAACUCAGGGACAAUGUGGUGUGUGUGGUGUUGGAUCAUGUAUCCGUAAAGGAGGGAAAAUGGAGGACAACAGCUGCUGUGAUAAGACGGCUUAUAGCUGGGUGAAACGUCACGGGUCCAAACCGGCCUGUGCUCUUUUACCAAGAGAUGUAGAAUGUGACCAGACGACUGCAGUACCCCCUACAACAACCACUUCUCUCCCCUGCCCUUCGAGCGCUCUAUGUGUGGUCCUGGACCACCCAGCCUUUUCAAAAUGCAUCAAGCACUUGAUGCGUAAAAAGAAGAUCUGCGUGUAUGGUUCCUGCGAUAUUGACCGUUGCUCUAUACUAAAGCGCGCCGCAAAGGAGUGCAUGAAAGCUGGUGUCUGUAUUGACUGGAGAGCACUGACUAAUGGAAAAUGCACUAUGACAUGUCCAAAAGGAUUGGUCUACAGACAAUGUCGUGACAAGCUGGAUGACUUCUGUCUUAAAGGAAUCGUUAAAGAAGGAGCCCCCUUCGAGUGCACCAGAGAAGGCUGUUUUUGUCCCCAUGGUCAAAUCAAGGCAGACCAGGACUCAAACAUCUGUGUGACAAGCUGUCCGUAUUGUAAAGGACCCCUCGGUGAGCCCAAACAGCCUGGUGACGUCUGGGAGUCCGGCUGUCACAUUUGUAAAUGUAACAAAGAGACUGGAAAAGAGGAGUGUCAUCUUAAACCUCUUGAGACAAAACCGAGUUGUAGCCCAGACUCUGUACUGGUAAACAAACCUUGCUGUGGUGAAAAGAUGUGUGUUAAGAAGACAUGCAAAUUUGGUAAAAGAACAUACCAGGUGGGAGAAUCUUGGUCAGAUGACUCCAAUCCGUGUCAAUCAUAUCAUUGCACUUUAGAGGGAAUUCAAACUGCAAUCCGUGAUUGUCCGAGAGUCCAUUGUCAUCCGGCCAGAUUAAUAUGGGACGACCACAAAUGCUGCAAAACAUGUAACAACACCUGUGCGCCCGUGUUUGGUGAUGUUGAGUUCAGGACUACCGACUGUCACACCAUAUUGCACGUACCUGUCUGUAUGGGCGAAUGUGGCUCUGGUUUGAGCAUAAAGGCAGGCCAUAAUCUGUGUGUGCAUGCACAGAACAAUUGCUGUCAGGAGAAGACCUCGGAGACGAAAACGCUCUCCGCGAUAUGCUACCACCCUAUGACCAACAGAAGAGAGGAAAAAACGUUCACUUACAAGCACAUCACCUCUUGUGAGUGCAGACUGUGUAACACACAACACUGAAAAAAUGUUGUUAGCAAAGCCAUUUUCAUCCUGUUCCCUUUAGAUUUCUAGAUCAAAAUAUAAAGUACUCAAAUAGUUUUUUGUGAUUUAUUAACAAUCAAAAUUCCUCAUUGUAUUUCUUCUGCAAAGCAAUUUCUUGAUCUGCUUUUAGUCAAAUAAAAUGAAUCAUUGUCUACUCACCAACA